AUGUCGACGUCCCCCCCGUCGUCCACCCAGACGGCCACCCACUCAUUCCCGAGCUUUUUCACAAAUGAUCCCGCCCAGGCUACCAACACGCCGACCAAUACGGGUGGGAACGGCACCUCCUCCUCUUUGUAUCUCUUCACUUUCCUCGCGACACUGUUCCUGCUGCUGUUCGUCUCGUGCGCGAUCAUCCUCCGCUCAUUCAUCCUCCGCCGCCGCUUCCGGCGGCGCGUCGAGGAGGCAAUCCUGUCAGGCGCCAUGGUGCCCAAUGCGCGGGGACCCAUGGGCCACAGGCGCGACUUUGGCGAAAAGCCUAGGUUAUGGGAUUCGUGGAUCGCGCCGCCCGCGGGCGACGGAUGGGAAGAUAUCAUGCCCGUCUCGGUCCUCCCCACUUCUUUUAAGCCCCCCUCCGCUCGCAAUCACCCGUCCACACCCCUAGAGUCGUCCAGUGCCGGCACCCAGACGCCAAACUCAAACGCUGUGCCCCUAGACGGCCCACGACCGCCCUUCAUCCGCCGAAUUUUCCGCAACCCAUUCGCCCCAGUGCCCCCGUCCCCCAUCCCCCUCUCGCUCCGUACGCCAGGGCUGAGCUCCCUGCAGCCCAAUGGCCCGAUGGAGCAGGAACCCGAGACCAUGCAGGUCUCCGUGCUCAUCACCAUGCCCACGCCCCGGCGGCUGCAGGGCGGGCCGCUGAAGGGCAAGGCGGGGAGCAUUACUAGCGAGUGGGACGAGGAUGAGGAGCUGCCGGAGAUUGUGCUGGGCGUCGCGCAGCGGCAGUAUCGGUCGGACGGGGUGUCAAAGGUGUCGUGA